AGUCAGAUCAGACACAGAGAAGAAAAUUUCAGACCCCUUAAUCCCCACAGCUCUUCUUGAUUCCCAUAUCCUCUAAAAAAAAAAAAAAGUAGUCUCAGAAAAUCCAACGCUUCUCAUUUUCCAUUUGGUUGCUCUGUUCUUCCCAUAACCUCUGCUUUUCAACCUCCGCUUCUCAUCUCCAUACCAAACAAUUCUCAUCUCUCAACUCAAUCCCUCCCCAUUUCUUGAUUCCUCCCACUUUUUCUUCUCUACUUCCUCUGAUUUUCCACAAAUUCCAACCUCUCUUCUUUCACUGUUCCACUGUUUGAAACCCAAGUCAUUGCAUUUUCCCUACUCCAUUUUCCCUCUGUUUCCUCUGCUUUUCCCCUGUCUCUAAGUUUUCUGCACAAUCAGAUUCCUUCGAAAUUUUCCAAGAAAACCGCAAGAAUGCAAGAAAACGCCAUUCCAUUCACAUUCAACAGCAAUACCCACAUCCAACAUUCGCUAUCGGACCUCAUAUUAUCCGGCGGCACCAACGCGUUGGACUCGAUCUUCUCUCAUUUUCCUCAAUCGAUCCCCGCCACCAAUCAAAUAACCAACCCAUUAGUCUUGGGAACUUCAGUUUAUCUCCAACAAAGAGACAGACUCCAAAAAUUCUACGAACAGAACAGAACGAAUUCCAUAAUUCCCCAAAUUCCCAUAACAAACCCAAUUCAAAACCCUGUUUUCUACGCGAAGAAAAAGCAGUACAUAGGAGUGAGACAGAGGCAUUGGGGGAAAUGGGUAGCUGAAAUUAGACUCCCACAAAACAGAGUGAGAGUUUGGUUAGGAACUUAUAAUAAUGCUGAGGCAGCAGCCUAUGCUUACGAUCGGGCCGCGUAUAAAUUACGUGGUGAGUAUGCAAAAUUGAAUUUUCCCAAUAUAAAGGAUCCGACGAAGUUGGGGUUUGGGGAUUGUGCGAAAUUGGAUGAGUUGAAUAGUGCUGUGGAUGCGAAGAUUCAGGCGAUUUGUCUGAAGAUAAAGAGAGAGAAAAGGAGGAAGAGUGGGAAGAAAAAUGGGUGUUUGAAUGGGAGGGAGAAAGGGGUGGAAGGUGAUUCGGGUUGUUCGACGUCGUCUUUGGUGUCUGCGUCGGGAGGUGAUGAGGGGUGCUGUUUAUCAGAGGAGGGGAUUUGUAAGGGAAGUAAUUCACCGGAAUUUUUUUCCGGCGAGGGUACAGCGGUAGUGCCGGGGUUGGAGAUGGAGGAUUGCUUGCUCGAACGGAUGCCGUCGUUCGAUCCGGAGUUUAUUUGGGAAGUUCUUGCCUAAGUCACAUAAAGCGCCUACCCAAGCGUAAAGACUUCUUUUCAAAACAUUCUUUGUGAUAAAAAGUUAAAAACGAGAGCAAAGAGCGAAAAUGCUAAGCGAUGAUUGAGAAGAGCAAAGG